AGUAGAAGUUCAAUAUUUGAUUCUUAAUUGUGGAGGAGUAAAGUAUGAAAGUUGCAGUAAAUAGCAACUAGCCUAUUAAGUUAAGUAGCCAGUCGCCUACCUCGACAUUUUACAGUAGACUGUCUGAAUGAAUGUAGGCAUAAUACGUGAUACGUGUAAGGAUGCAACAAAAUAAGUAAGUCAUAUUAAGGAGGUUAUUAUGAUUUGAAAGACCGAAAUCAAUGUGGAAACAGGUUACAGCACAGUACAAGGCUUCGAGGGAAAAACAUAGAAACGGUCCCAUCACUAAUUCCAACACUAUCAUACUCACCCUCAACUGAUAUACGCGGUUUUUGUAACCAAACAUAAGUGUGAUUGUUUUGGUUUUAACAAAUACAGACUCUUAUAACAACCCAAAUCGUAUACACCCAAUAAGACGUGUGUAAUAGUUCAGUAAUGAGUGGCUGUAAAAGUCGACAUGAAGGAAUUGAUAACACUAUUGGAACUCGUCCGGGCAGUGACGCAGAUUCCGUUUCCGGCACAUGGGCGUUGACAAAAGGGGAUCGCUUGCCGCGUGCGCUCUCGCGCCGUGUUUUGCGGUACCGAACACAUAAGUUACAUUUCUCGUAUUUUGUUAAACGACUUACUUCUGCAUAUUUGGUGGAAAUGGAGGCUUUUACCCAGCUUCUGCUGGAAUAUCCGGAAUUCAUGUACAGCGGAGUAGGAGCUACGGCGUCUGUCGCCGUUGGCGCGCUGAUAUACAAACUAGCCACCAGAAAGAAGCCGACCCAUGCAGAUGUGAACUGCUGGUUCUGUAACCAGAACUAUGUGGUACCCUUUGGGAACAGAAACUGCUGGGACUGUCCAAACUGCGACCAAUACAAUGGCUUUCAGGAGAAUGGGGAUUACAACAAACCCAUACCAGCUCAGUUCAUGGAGAAUCUGAACCAUGGAGUAUCUGGUAGCCUUCCCUCAACACCGAAGACUCAGCAGUCAGUCAGCAGUCAGAUGCUCCUGUGCAGGAAGUGCAAUAAGAACCAGACAUUUGUCAUCAAACAGUUGGCCUCAUUUAUCCCAAGGAAUGAUGAUAACUACGAUGAGGAAAUUGAAGCCUAUAAGCACCACCUGGAGCAGACAUAUAAGUUAUGCAAGCCAUGUCAGACAGCAGUGGAGUACUACAUCAAAUUUCAAAACCGUCACCUUCGAACCGUGCUCCUCAACCAUCCUCUUCGACGCAGCGGAGAAACCGACAAGGGCUUUGUAAAGAGCUCCCAUGCUGUGUCCUCUCCCAUGAAGGUCAUACUGUUACGGGCCCUUACCUUCUUCAUAUGUGCUUUCCUAGUCGCUACAUCUUUGUGUGCCUUGCCAUACCAGCAUACAUCACUUGGAGACCCACAGAUAUUAAGUGGUGGGGCUAUUCCUCCGAAGCUUAUGCCCAGCAAUGAAUCUGCCCCCAACAAUGACAGCAGUGGAGGCGUGCCCUUGUGGCAGGAUCUGCUGGAGCUGAUCCCAGAUGAGGCCAUAGAUAAGGCCAAGCUGGUGUGGCAGCAUGGAAAGAACAACCAGCUGGCUAUAGUCUGUGUUGGCCUGUUGACGUGUCUCACUGCUAUCUUCUUAGCAGGACCUGUGAGGUUGAGGAGAAUUGAUGCUGUGGCAUCUGUGCUCUGGUUCCUCAUCCUAUGCCUCCACCUGGCAGAGAUCUACCUUACUGAUGCCUCCGGCUGGACGGAAACAGCCAAGCUCGGCACCGUCUGCCUCUGUUGCCUAGUCAGCUUUGCUGCUGCUGUGGCAACGCGCAAGCCACUGGGUCCAAGGAGAGCCAGAUAUCGAAGAUACCUUGCAGGCAGCUCUGCAGCCCCCCCCUUCGGCAGCCAGCCUCCUUUGCUCUCUCCGGAGCUGGUGGACUCCUUCGUCCCAACCCUGCCGCCCAACUUCUCCAAGCUCCUCAACCGCCAACAGAGUCCUCGCGAGCGCAAGGCGUCCCCCUCCUCUCUGCCGGGGCGCCUCAGCAGAGCCCUCCGCCUCGGCACCACCCCUCCCCUCACCAGGACAGAUUCUGGUUACCUGUUCAGUGGAAGCAGACCAGCCUCACAUUACAAAGACUCCCCACCCUCAGACUACUUCUCACUGAUAUCCGGGAGCCGUCCAUCCUCCCCGGGCCCCUCUCCAGCUCCCUCAGUCGCCGGGUCAGUUACGUCCAGUUCAGGUUCUGCCAGACUCCGGCGCCCCCUCAUCAGCCCCGCCCGCCUCAACAUCAGCGGCCGAAAACUCCGGCUUUUCUCAGGGGAGCAAGAAGCCACGCUCAUGUCCCCCUCUGUGUCUUCUUCACAUUUCCAUUUCAAUUCGGCCUCUUCCAUUUACAGUGGCUGUUUAUCCCCUGACGUAUCUCCCUUUCAAAGCCAAAAUGAUCUGAGUUCUCUGUUUAGGGACGGCAGUGUGAUUGAAGAGGAAGAGAAGCAGGGCAGUUCCUCUGAUUCCUCUGCAUGCAUUGUUGGUACGACCACACAGGGACCUGAGAACAGCACUCCUCCCAAAGGUUUCAUUAGGCGUCUGAUCUGGCCUGGGCUCCUGAUGGUGAGCCUGACCUCCAACCUGGUGUUCGCCUCAGUCUACAUCUACCUCAACUGGAGAGGAGCUGCUGAUGGCUCUGUGCUCUCGUGAGUCGCCCUCUGGCUUCUGACAGUCCUGGUGUGUCUGUGGACCAGGAGGUAGGUCAGUGAUGCCAGAAAACAUUAGAUCUCUGGCAGCUACCUAUUGUCUGCUGAUGAUUAAGGAAAAUGACAGAUGUCAGCUGACAGAUUGUCACCAGCGUAACUCCCAUUCAGUUACGAGAAAACUGUGGCGAAAUCAGAUAUUAUGCCUUUUAAUUUAUGACUAAUGACUGCUUAUAAUUCUUAUUAUUUUUGAUCUGGGCUUGUUUUUUGGUUUGUCAAUGCUCCUCUUACAUGAAUGCAGGUGCAUGUGUUAUUGAUUUAAAAGGCUCAAUUCUUGCACUGAUACUGUGCAUUGAGUUAAACAUGUACUGUUGAGUUGAUGCUGCUUAAACACAGAGGGUCAUGUCUUACCUACUUAUUGUGAACUGUAAUGACUGCAUUACCUCUCCCAACUCAAUUACAUUUCUGGUCCAGUACAAUAGCCACAUAUGAAACAUUAAGCAGCAUGUAACGUUUGUUUGGUGUAAAAUUACAGUUUUAGAUUUAGAACAUUUGAACACAUUUUCACUUUGUAUGUCAGUACUUCACAGCACUGGUGUUAGUUUCUUUAUAUGCAUAUUCAGCUAGAAAAGAGGGGUGACCUUAUCUUUUUGUUUUACAGUCAACAUUUUUACAAAUAAUGUUGAUUUGAUAUCUCAUACAUAAAGUGAUGCAUGUCACGAUCAUUCACUAAAAUGGUUACCUUUCACCGAACAAUUUUUUAUUUUAUUUUUUUAAAGAUUCUCAGUUCAGAGGGUAGUUUGUAAGGGGCAAAACUCCUCUGGCCAAGUGCAAUGUCUUUAUAUUAAAAAUCUCAUCUAUAAAAAAUGGAUCACAUUUACAUGAUGUUUGCAUACGAGUUUACUCCUGAGCUAUGAACUAAUGUAUGCAGAAUUUCUAUUAUUGCGUCGAUAAUAUACACAAACUUACCUACAUAAUAAUUUGGAAUGCAUUUGCACUUGUUUUCCGCAUUUCGUGGAUUGAUGGUUGUAUUUUGAUUUUUUGAUUUUAUUUUGUGUGUGACUUGAAAUUCUUCUCUUAAAGCUGAAGAGCGCAGAUGUGUGUGUUUAUGUUGAACUUGAGCUACACAAAGUUGUACAUUUUGGACAUGUAAAGAUUUGUAUCUUGUUUAUUUCCUUCUUAAAGUAAUUGUAUUGUUGAAUACAUGCACUUAAUUUGAGAGGAAUCCUUUUUUUGGUGAGUUUUGUGGAUUUUCUUAGACACUUUGAGGUCAUUUGAGGUCAUUAAAAGUGUUCUGAAUUUAUCUUGAACCAAAGUAAAAAUGUAUGUAACAAAUGUAAAAUUAAGUUUCUGAGAAAACUUAAACGUGCUACUGAAAGACCUCUAAAUUACUCGGAAACUUAUCAUUAGACAACUUUUAUACUGAAUAAUUGUUGUUGAAAGGUAUUGUAACCUGUUCACAUGCUGUAUGGAGACUAGUGCAUUUGUACUGAAUGUGUAACCCGGCGUACGUAUUCCUCUCUAAAGGAGGCUCAUUCAUUGGAAGAUCAUGUUCAUGCUGAAAUGUAAAUAUUUUGUCAACAAGUUUGAACUUUACUGAAUGAGGAUUGUUUUCAGUAAAAUAUAAAAUUUAUUUAUUUUGGAGUUUUUAUUUAAAAAGUAAUGAAAGUACUUUUUUCUUCUGGACUUCACAUUACUAUUAAGUCAAUACCAAGGUUUUCCAUUUUGAAGAAAUAUACACCUGUGCUCUUACUCAUGCAUCAAAUGGUUGUUAUUCCACUGUGUUCAUCAGAGCAAAUGUUUUUUCUGUGUGAAUGUAAGGAACAAAAUUGGCGUGUUUCAUCUUAACCCAUACUUUUUAAAAAUAAAGUAUCUGCUCUUUAUCCAGGUAUAUAAAUCUGUUUUCUAUACAAUAAGCAAAAAUUAAAUCUGUCAACUUAAUCUGCAAAAACUAGCAUCUUUUUUGUUAACAUUUAUGUGUCUUUGUUGAACAAUCCACUAUGACACUUUUAUACUGAGAGUUGGCAUUGAGUUUACAUUGAUAGGAGACAAACAUCUUAAAUGUUGCCUUAGCAAUGAUGGACUGAGUAUGACAGCUGAUAAGGAAGGGACUAUGUGUAUUCCUAAAACAGGCUUUUGUAGAUAUAGCACAGGGGUGCACUAACAUAUUCUUACAUAUUUGUGCCAACAAAUGUCCUCCACAUCUCUAAGCUUUCCAAACACAUCACAAUCAAAUGUAUAAAUGUUACGCUGGGAAAUGUUUGUAUUCGGCGGGUAUGAAAUAAGAAUACAAGUGUACGUUUUUGCUGAACAAUCCUAUUUGUGCAAGUUGUCACAUGAUGGUUAACAAAAUGGCAAUCUAUAUAUAUAGUAUAUUUUCAAUCUGAUCACAUCAACUGGGUGGAAAACUAAAACAUUUAAGCUUUCUGGUAAACAUUUUUUACAAAGAUCUGAAGGAAACUAAUAUUUUUGCUGACUACAUGAGCCAUAUGAUCGUCCUAUCAAUGAACUAAAAUCAUUCAAACUUUUGAUAAUGGCAUCCGGCCAUUAACUGUUACUUUAGCUUGAUCCCCUUUACAUCCUCUUGUUCAUUUAAAGCCUUAUUGUGACGCUUCCAAAAUGAAAAAGGUAUAUUCCUUGUGUGACUGUUCUUAAAUACUUUGUCCCUCUCAAGGGGAGACAUCUUUAACUCAACCUUGGAUGAAGGAUUUCUAAUUUGGGAUUGUAAUAUUUGGCGAUUUCAAUAUAAAUUGACCUGACUCACCCCCCCUCCCCUCCCCCAGCACAGCACUCCGGGUAAACCCAAAGACAGUAAACACAUCUAUUACAUAGUCAGCCUAUAAAAAAAAAAAACCUUUUGCACAGAAAAAGGAAGCGAUUCUGGUGAUUCCUGUGUUACUGUGUUAAAAUAGAACUGCUAUUUUCCAGUUAAACUGGGUCAUAAUUAUUUACAUUAGUUACACCCUCAGUUUUAAUUUAAUUUCCAGCAUGACUGUCUGAACUCUGUGACCCAUACAGCGUUGUCGUACCAGAGUUCCUAUAAAAGCAGGAAGAUUUGAGCCUUUUGUCAGAAACAUGACAAAAGGCUCAACUACUGGCAGGGCUUAGAGUUUAAAAUAGUUCACUGACUGAAGGGUGGGAAGCAGGUAGAUACUUUCAGUCUGUUAAACCCAAAAGUUUCUCUUCUCUACAAUCAUUUCCUGUUUUCACCAGCGCUACAAGAUGUGAAGGAUUAACACCUGCAGACCAAUCUGACAUAUUAACCAUGUUUAUAUUUACCAUGAUGUGUCUUACCCAGUCACAGUAAGGCAAACAUAUCAAGUCAAAUAAGUAUUUGUGUAACGACUGACUGAGUAAAUUGUUGUAAUGUCAUGCUGUUGAUGUUGGCCCCUGCAUUUCCCCUUUUCAUGGUAGUACUACUGUGGUUUAUGUUCCACUUCCAUAUAGGCGGUGCCAUUGCUCACAGUGCUUCAAAACUGACUUAGUCUUUUACAGUUUUCGAUGGAAAUAUGAAAAGGGGGGACGAUUUCCCAAUGUAGUAUCAGUUUGAUUGCAGACAUAACAUUUCUUAAAUAAUGAAAGAUAAAUGAACGUGAAAAACAAUGUUCAUUGGGGAUUUUUGGGGACUUUUCUGGAUAUUUUUAUUUUUUUUAUUUCUGCUGGCUUGACAACUCUCAGUCGAAGUAUAAUGUAUAUUCUUUCUAUUCUGAAAUGUUCUAUCUCUUUUUAAUGAUGUGUUGGCUAUUCUUAAAAGCACAUUGACAAGAGGUUGCACAAUUUUAACCUCAAUUGUUUUAAUAUAAAAAUGUCAGAGGGCUGGACUUUGAAGUGACACUACAGUACCUGGAAAUACUUAACCUCAGUCUGAUUUACAAGAAAUUUGAGUACGAGAUACCUUCCGUAUACUUUGAAGCUAGCAAUUAGGUCAUUGACAAAUUAAAGAAGCUUUCCUAAUUUGUUGACAAUAAACUUGAUGUUUGACUUGA